AUGUAGCAGCCUCUUCUCCGAGCCACCCCUUUGCCUCCGGACUUCUCUGGGGCCAGCAGCCGCCCGACCUGGGGCCCGGGGCCGCGGGCUCAGCCGACGACCAUGGGCUCUGUGUCAAACCAGCAGUUUGCAGGUGGCUGUGCCAAGGCGCCCGAGGAGGCGCGGGAGGACGCGGCCCGGCCGGCCGAGGAGCCGCAGCUGCUGCACGGGGCCGGCAUCUGUAAGUGGUUCAACGUGCGCAUGGGGUUCGGCUUCCUGUCCAUGACCGCCCGCGCCGGGGUCGCGCUCGACCCCCCAGUGGACGUCUUUGUGCAUCAGAGUAAACUGCACAUGGAGGGUUUUCGGAGCCUGAAGGAGGGGGAGGCAGUGGAGUUCACCUUUAAGAAGUCCGCCAAGGGCCUGGAAUCUAUUCGAGUUACUGGUCCUGGUGGGGUGUUCUGUAUUGGAAGUGAGAGGCGGCCCAAAGGGAAGAACAUGCAGAAGCGGAGAUCUAAGGGAGACAGGUGCUACAACUGUGGCGGUCUAGACCAUCAUGCCAAAGAAUGCAAGCUGCCACCCCAGCCCAAGAAGUGCCACUUCUGCCAGAGCAUCAACCAUAUGGUGGCCUCCUGUCCACUGAAGGCCCAGCAAGCCCCCAGCUCCCAGGGGAAGCCUACCUACUUCCGGGAGGAAGAAGAGGAGAUCCAUUCCCCUGCCCUGCUGCCUGAGGCCCAGAAUUGAGCCAGUGGGUGGGGGCUAUCCUUUUGCGAUCAGCAAGUUUCUAGG